CGGGGAGGCAUGUGGCGGGCCAGCGGCGGUGAAGGCAGCCACUGCCGCCUCCCCCUCUUGGCUUUGCCUUGGUCGCUUCCGUGGCGCUUCCUGGUGAGCAGCCGGGCCCGACCACUCCGAGGUUUGUGUUACAAUAGCUGUGGAAACUACAGAUUAAGAGUGAGGAGGGAGACCACAAAAACAAGAUGACAGCAGGGAGAACCCAGGAUGCAGAAACUUGGAUGUGUCACUUAAGGGCCUGACUGACAGCAACUGGUAAAUCUGGUGAACACCAUCCAGAGAAGUUUCAUCUCCUUCCAGAGCAACCCUUCAAGAUGUGGGUGGCUCUUGUUUCUUGCUUCCUAAUUUCCUUGGGUGUGUCUGAAAGUGAGAGCUCUGUCUUGAGGGAGAGUUGGAUCCAGGUAACACACAUACACCCCCUCAGUAGUGUAAAACACUGUGAACAAGCUUGUAAAGGACUCACAGCUUCAGGUCAUCACUACUGCUGGUCGGUGCUGUAUCAAAGCCGCUGUGUCCUCUUACGCUGUCCCCAACUGAGUGCAUGUCAGAAUGCCAGCACACAGGAUAUCAAAGAACUCAUGGGAGAAUUUAUGAUCCGUAAAAGAAGAGACCAUGAUGCAUCCCAUAAGAUGAAUGGUACAGAAAGCGCAAAUAAAGAAGAAGAGAUGCUAAAUAAUGCAGAGAGAAAUAUAGAAAUGCCUCUUUCAUCAACAACUCAAGCAAGGGCAACAACAGAAGAUACUACAGUCCACACCACAUUAGCAAUCAGAUCCAAUACGAAGAAGGCUACCAGUGCUAGCCCUGUGACUACUACCAUUUCUCAAGAUAGAGCAGGAGCAACAGCCAUAACCAACAGUACUAACAACAAAACCACAAAGCCACAGAACAGAAAAGUCAGCACUGCAACUAUUAAUCCAGCUUCCAGGAUCUCCCUUAACACCACAUUAUCAGCUACCACACCUUCCCUUUCAAAAGAUGAUGGUACUAAUGUUAAGACUACAGAAGGUUCAAAAGGAGUGCAGGCCAGUACCUUAAUUUCAGGAGGAGUUGAGAGAACAACACCAGCAAAAGCUCCUCUCAGGACUACUGCUACUGCUGCUGCAGCUCUGCGCACAACAGCAAAAUAUUUAGUGCUUUCCACAGCCCCCAAAAUAGUUAUUCCACCUAGCACUUUCACACCAGUAAUCUUGUCUACAGGUACAAGCACCCACAGUCCACCAACGUCAGCCAUCACAAACACAACUAUAAUAACUACAAGAUCAACUGCAGCAACAACAUUGAUAGCAGCUAUCCCUGCAGCAGCAGCAACAAAGUCAGCUGAAUUCACAACAGUUGUGACAGACAAAGCAAAGCCUUCUUUAAGUAUGGUAACUCCAGCUUUCUCUACAAAGGGUGCUGAAGUCACUGCUACACAGCAGACAGAGUCUACCAGUCAACCAGUGGGAGAAACGACUUAUACACAUUCCUUGGUGCUGUUUACAACUAAAAGUUCAUCAACUCCAUCCAAAUCAAUAACUGUGGAACAAGGAAAAGAUCAGCAGGACACAGAGAGUGAGAGUAGCUAUCGGCAGGUAGAUUUCACUUUGCUCCUAGCAGUUCUUCUCUUUGGAGUCCUGUUUUUUGUAACAAUUGUAGUCUUAUUUGCUAUACAGGCCUAUGAGAGCUACAGAAAGAAAGACUAUACUCAGGUGGACUAUCUAAUCAAUGGGAUGUAUGCAGACUCAGAAAUAUGAAAGCAAUACAGAUGCAAAGGACAAAGCUAACAGUAUACAGUGGGAGUAGAAAAGCCUCAUGUGGCUUGUUGUUCCAUUCCUUGUUCUGUCUCUAAGACCAACUGAAAGUGCUUCCAAAUUACAUUUGGUGCAAUGUAGGAGAAAUGCCAUGUAUUCUACUUUUGAAAGUAAUUUUUUUAACACACACACAGGUUGCCAUGGAUAUAUUGUUUCUCCAACUGCAGUUUUACUUCUGUUGUGCUAGUUUUAUUUGUCAUGGUCAAGGGCUGUCAAGUGCUGUGAGGGGGUACCCUUAUCGGAAGACUGGUGUCCUUCUUAAAUUGUUCAGGUUAUCUUCAAGCCCUAUCGACCCCCGUGAAUUAAAUGAUUAAAAAGGGUGUUCCCCCUAGGUUUUUAAAAAAAAUAAAUAAAUAGUGGCAUUUCUGAUGCUUGUGUGUCUCACAGGGACUGUGUGGACUUUUGGUAAUCGAAAUGUCUGACCAAAGACAGGUGGGAUUGGUGCAGGGGGUCCAACCUCAAAGAGUGCCAAGUGCAACAAACCAUUGCUUUGCAUAACUUGUGACCUCUUCAUGUAUGGUACGUUUCUCUGCACUUCUAGCUACAGCAGUAAAAGACCCAAGGGGAGAAUUUGUUGGCUCAACAUGCUGCCUAAGAGUCAAUGCUUGUUCACAGGUUACAAAGAAUCUUGAAGUCUCCUAUAAUUACUAAGCAUUCCUAUUGUUUCUUGUUAGGGGUUAAGUUUGCUGGAGCAGCCAUCUUGUCUCGGUGACCUCGCUGCUUGUUUAAAAAAAAAUCUGUUUAAUAGACUCUGUUAAUGCUGUGCUGCUUCCUAAUCAUGGUGGUUCUUCCUUGAGGGGCUUCUGCACCUUUAUAUAAUUUUAUUUUUGUACUCAUUCACUUAAUAAAUGAGGCCUGGAAGGCA